CGCAAUUGUUGUGAGCCUUGCCACACCAGGAUGCAUUCGUUCUACCGGCGCCACGCGCACGAUUCGGACUCCAAGGACGACUUGCCGUUGACCGGGUCUCCGCUGCUAGACCUGGUGAUUCCCAUUACCAUCGCUCCUCCCGCGCAUGCUGUUGUUCCAGACGACGCCAUGGUCCACGCCGAAGACAUCAUGCGAGACAGUUGCGAGAGCUAUCCAUCCGACUGCGAAAGCAUGUGGGACUCAUCGCGCAGUCUCACGGACAUGGCGCUGACCUCGUCGACGUCGUUGGCGGACGUGUUGGCGUCCCAGCGCAGCACGUUUCAGGACAUGCAGACCCAGCAGCCUCUAUCGUCGACUGCGACCAUCGAGAGCAGCAUGCGCUUGCUUGAAAGCAUGACUGUCGACGACGUGUCGGCAUUCCUGGACGACUCAUCGACCAUAGUGCUCCCGCCAUCUCAGACGUCCAUUUUAGUCGAAGACGAUCCUCAAAAGUCGCGCCAAGCGCAGUCUCGCUGGGCCCAACAAGUGCGGCUCAAGACAGCCCGGUUCCUCUUUGAGCAGACCCAGGCCGCCAAGGCCAAGGUGUCCAAGAUGGCAACUGCGACCGCCCCGCCUGCCCCCCAUGAUGCCUCAACUUCACCAGCCGACUCUUCCCCGUCGGCAGAGACCCCAAGUACGCUGCAGAAGUGGAACCGUUGGCUAACGGACCACUACAACUCGAACGUCAAGCCCGGCUCGCACCAUGCGAUUCUGGGGCGAAAGGGAGGGCUGCACAUGCUGCCGAAUCCCCUCGUGGCCCUAUGGAGCCGAGAGGACCCCCAUGCAUCCAACGCGGUGGACCCUCUCGGGCUGGUCGCGCUGGAAGAAGUCGUCCAGACGCCCAAAAUGAUGCGGUACUAUGCGUCGUGGCUGCCCACAGAACCAGACAAGUGCAAACUGUUCUUCUUGUGCAGUUUGGACGAAUACCGCCUGUUUUGGCGGACACUGGCCAGCCAAUCAUCGACGACCGUCUUGUCAGACGAGAGUCGCAGCCGCCUGCAAACAUACGGUCGCAAGAUAUUUGCCAAAUAUUUGGUCUCCACGUCCCCCUUCUUCAUUGGCCAUGACGACGACGGGACGGCGGCGGCAGUCGACGCGGCAAUUUCCGCGGGCGGCGAGGGGGCGCUGCAUGCAUUUGACGGCAUCUCUGUCCUCGUCAAGCAGCACCUGAUGGCGUCAUACCCGACAUUCCGCGCCACCGACCUGUAUAAAGACAUGCUGGCGUCGUGCCGUCGGGAGCUGCUGCCGCUCGACUGUGUGCUGUUGAAUCGGCUAUUUUGCCACUUUUUCUGGCUAUUUCUAUUCCAGCAUCAGUACCACAACGAGUUGGCUUUGUACAUGGACGUCCAGUACAACUUUAAGUUUGUAUGUCGAGAUUGGCAUCGGGGAAUUCGAGCCCACGACGACGGCGACGACGACGACGAGCAUGUGAUGCACGUACAAGGUCAAUGUGUCACGGCCCUGCACUACCUUCGACGGAGGUACCUCCACGACAACUACGCUUUAAACCAGAAACUCGACACGGACGACCUCGCAGUCGCACACGCCUUGUUGCACCAAGAACAAGAGAAAAUCGUCCAAAAACUCCAAGACAUGUACUCGGAGCUGUACUUUCGGUUUAUUGCUAGCCACGCGUAUGCUGGGUUUGUCUUGUAUGAGCAGCACUCACCCCAUGAACUGUCGGAGCUGCUGCUGCAUUAUGGCCUUCGCGCACACUCGUUGCCGUCAGGACAUUGCCGUGUGGACCCCCCCAUCUUGGACGACGUACCAAUCGACUGGUUAGAAGCCAUAGUGUACUUUGAGAGCAUUCCCACGGCGCCUACUACCUUGGAGCUCAAGUGGACGCCGCACUUUGGCGCGUCCACGCUCGCCGGCGCCACCGGCCUCGAUGCGUUUCUCGUGCCAUGCUUCGAAUCGAUUUGA